CUAAACAGCCUCCAUCGACGACUACGCCCAUUAAUUAUCAGAAACUCUGAUAUUCCGACUCUCAGCACCCUAGUUACACCCGUAAACUACGUUUAUUCUUUCUAACACAAGGGCUGCGAUCGUGAAAGAGUCACCGACACAAUGCUCUUCUUCAGCUUUUUCAAGACCCUUAUUGACCACGAGGUCACUGUUGAGCUCAAGAACGAUAUUCAGCUCAAGGGCAUUCUCAAGAGUGUGGAUCAGUACCUCAACAUCAAGCUCGAUGACAUCCAGGUUGUGGAGGAGCUUAAGUACCCCCAUCUCAGCUCCGUCAAGAAUGUCUUUAUUAGAGGCUCGGUCGUGAGAUACGUUCACCUGCCUGGUGCGUCAGUUGACACGCAGCUACUCGAGGACGCCACCCGAAGAGAAGCGGCUGCUCAACAGGCCAAGGCGAAAUGAACGGUUCAAGUGGAUGGAUGAGAAGGAGAGCGAAUCAUGUGGGAUAGACUUUUAGAGAUCGAUAUGAAUCAAAGAUGAGAUGGCAAAAAAGGGAGGACUCAUGAGGCGUUGGCUUCUGAUAUGGAUAAUGAAAUGCUGUUCUUUUCCUCUUUUCAACAUGCUGAGCAUUGCGAUGAAUUUAAUGCUCAAAUGAGUUGGGCGUGACAAUUGGAUAUGUACUGAUUCAUCAUCACCCAUGUCGACUUUGUCCAAAACCAUAAAAAGUCAUAUAACCUCUCGCUACAAUACAUAAUGUGCCAUUUAUCAUUUUAACAUUACCAAAACGCCUUGCCUGCCGUGCCAGGUUUACCAUCCCACAGUUCUUUCUCAGCUACUUGGCCGUUAUCUUCGCCUUCAAUGAGCGGUAUCACCAACCCUGCUCGCCUUCUCUCAGACAGCCAACGAUCUAUCCACCCCUUCAUCCGCUUUCUUGACUGUUCACUACCCACGUUGACGGUCGGGACAACCUUUUCGAUCCGUAAAGUCAUGAGAAACAUGGCUAGCUCUCGAAAACUGCUGUGUUCCGAGUAUGGAACCCCAAAACACAUGGCUUCCUUGGUGCUGCCUCUCUGUGGGACAAAGUCUUUAUAUCCAAAUCUCGUGCGCCAAUUGCUAUCGUGGAGGAUCUGUUGGGUAUGAAUGCUGCCAGGUGGAGUGUUGGCACCGAAUGAUUUGCCUGCAGGCCUGAAGUUCCAGCCACUGGGUCGGAGUCCAACUAUACGACUGAAAUGUGGCUUGUAGCUAUUGAGGUACUCUUGGAGCGUCUCGGCACGAAUCUCCAUCAGCAUUUGCAUAUGUACUUGUGCUUCGAGAGGGUCGGAUGUCAAAAGAGCAGAAAGUUCUGGGUCGUCAAGUUGUUUGCAGAUUUUAAUCUUGCCAGGUGUUGCAAAAAUCUUGGACUUCAGAGCUUUGGCGAUGGAGAUACAAAUGCGCUCUUUACCAAUCGAGUAGGUGCCGCAAAUUACAAGUAGCCGCUGAGGAGGCUUUUUCUUUGUGUCGAGUUUGUCAUUCUCGUCAUACUUUGUGUUUGGGAAGAACUUGCUAACUGCUAGAGUGCCCUGUCCACCGGCCUUUUCCCAAAUGUCGUCUUUACAGUUGGGAUCAGGAGACAUAGACCCACAGAGGUCGGCACAAGCUUUGAUGACAUCGUUCUGAGGCGGAAAGGAGUAUUUCGGAUUGAGGUAUGUCGUAUCUAAGUAGCAGAUGUCGAUCUUUUGUUGUUUGAUCUUUCCAGAAAUGGAGUCGACAAUAUCCGGUUUAAGAAGAGGAUGUUUGACAUGCGCAGGACAAGCUCGGAAAUCUCCACAAUGUAAUAUACGUUGAACACGACUAUUGGCCCCUUGCUUCAUCGUCUUCUCGAAGAGAAAGAGAGAACUUCCUGGACAGUGGUUGGCUGGUAUCAUGGUGACAGUUGCACCCUCGGUCCCUGGGAUAUCGUAGGGCUUGUCAAACUCAAGCUCGACAACCCAUUUUGCUGCCGUGCGAAGUUGAUUCUUGACAAGACUGCCAGUGACCUUGCUGCAGUAUAUAGACCCAUGACACCAUCUUGCUGUCAAUCCGAUGUAGUGAUCGCUGUGGAAAUGGCUUAAAAAGUACGCUUUGCAGCCUUGAACGGCACCAUAGCGGAACGCAUCGACGCAAAUGGAGAAACCAGGCAUAAUUUUGUAAAAAGGACACGUCCUUUCGUAAGCUUGCUUUCCUCGCGAAGCAUUCUCAGCAGCAGCAGCCUCCUGCCAUGCGGAAUCUUCAGCAUUGCUAGACAUGAGCUUAGAGAAUGCUGUUUUUGGAGCCGAGUCGGGGCCUAUUAUCUCCAAGGGGUUGGCUUGGCCAGGUCUGGGAACAGCAGCCCGUGCAAAUCUGGUGGCGACUUCUUUUGAUUCGACU